CCAACCUCGCUGCUGCGGUGCCCCGCCAGAUAGGUCGCUAGCUAUGGCCAGCUCUCCACCGCCGCUCAUAACCCUCGACGACACGAACCCGGCCAUUGUCUACAAGCCGGAGAGCCUCUGGCGCCAUCUCGACCGGCAGGACAACGUCAUGAACAACACAUACGCCGCCGGGUUCACGAAUGCGACCGCUACUCUCGUGUUCAACGGCACGCAAAUGUACGUGUUUGGCGUCAUACUCGCGGCCCCGGACACGGGCCUACUUGUCCGUGCACCGUCGGCGACGUUCAUCAUGGACGGCGAGGCGGGACCGAUCAUGGGGUCGCCAUUCGACGGCACAACUGCCGAAUAUGCAUGGCAGUGGUUCAGCUGGGAGACGUUGGAUCCCGGACAACAUACGAUGGUCAUGCGCGUCGACCACGGGGACGACCGCUCCGAGGCGGAAUGGCCGUUCGUGCUGGAUUACAUCCAGUAUACGCCGUUGAGCUCGGGCUCAGCAGCACAAACGCAAAGUCUCGCCCAACCUACCGAUGCCACGCCGUCUAUCAUAGUAGAAUCGAGCAAAGGACAGGCAGCUGUGGGUCCCAUCGUGGGCGGUGUCGUGGGCGGCAUCGCAGGACUCGCCCUGCUCACCUUUGCGGCAUUUUCCCUGUUCGUCAAACGUCGCAGGCGGGGCGAGGGACUUGCUCUUUCGAAGAAGGAGGUCGAUCUCCUCGAACAAGGGCCCAAAGCAUACGUCACAAUGCACCCGGUGUCUCCGCCGACUACAGCUGCUCCGUCCACUACCGCCGCCGCCUCGUCUGAUGCGGGAGGACCGAUGCGACACCCUCCCUCGGGCCCCUCGUCUACACUUGCCAGCCUCUCUUAUGAGAACCUCUCGCUCGCCACUUCCCUGCGGCAGCUACCGGCGAAGCAGCCACUCGGAUUUCCUGCACCAGCUACGACCUCUGCCACUUCGUCGAGACCAACAACCCCCGGACCGGCUACUUCUUCCUCUGCGUCCUUGUCGAUGCCCCAUUCGCAUAGCUUCCAAGCGGCGCCCUCCGUCAAGAGCCAAAGCACACAGCAAGAAGUACAGAUCCAGGGAACAGUAGCUGCUCCUCGGGUAUUCCACACCGACUCGGGCGUACGCUUCACGCCGCCUGCAAUGGAGGAAACAUCACCGCAAGACGACGCUCUGUCCGAUAUGGCGUUCUCGGAGGUGCCCCCGGAAUACACUGAACACUGACCGUUGUUGUAUUUUGACCGAGGCACAGGUUCUUUCUUUAACCACAUUUUUGGGGCCAAUGUUCUUACGUUACGUACCUGUUCUAUGUAUAAUCAUCUUUGGUCGGUUGGCUGCCUUGCCUUACCUUCCUUGUCUCAGUAGUCGCAACUGUGUGCUGUGAGAAAUAGUCGGGAAAU